AUGCCUCAUACAAUCUCUUCGCGACAUAGCCGGAAAGCUACUUCACUAGCCUGCCGAGACCACACGGCUCUCGUGGCGUCGACGAUCCCUGGUGGAAACUACGCCAAUAAUCUCGAGAGACAGCGUCUACGCCGCCUCUCGAAGGUGGAAGAAGUCGAUGCUCGCAAGGAGAUUGUGGCCCGCUUCCAGUCUGCCUUGAUCUUGGCCUGGGAGCUGGCGGAGACAGAUUCCUUAUUGGCUCGCGAGUUGGCCAAGUGUCGAGAAGACUCCGGCCUGGGCCGAGCUCCUUCGGAACGUGGAGACGAUCACCAUGGCCCCGUCCUGUCUCCCACUUCACUAGCAUCGUCGUUCAGCCAAGAUGGACAGGAGUACGAAGAGUGGAACGGCUUCUCUGACGGGGAGUGUGGCGAUUAUAGCGACGUUGAGCCUAUUCCCAAUCCGCCAAUCCCCGGUACUGCAGCUCCAUCGAUCGAGGCCCUUCACGCAGAGGUGAACGCAUUCGCGAAGGCGAAUGGGUUCGGCGUUGUCAGGCGCAAUGGCACGGGAAGUCAAAUAAGGAAGACACGCUACGUAUUUGAGUGCGAUCGGUAUGGUCAGCCACGCCCAUCUAGAGGGUCUGGGCUUCGCCAGAGGCGGUCCCGCAAGUGCGGUUGUAAGUGGAAGGUGAUCGCGGAAGCCUUGGAAGGGAAUAACUAUAUGUGGACUCUACGAGCAUUGCCUGAUCCCGAGCACGGCCGGCAUAAUCACGAACGGAGUAUUAGCCUCUCCGCGCACCCAGUCCACGGCGGCUGA